CCAAAUUAUGCCCCUUUUGUCCGCUAGAUUCACUGGGUAGUCAUCGAUUGUCAGUGUAUCGUGUGAGUGAGUUUCUCGCGAGUGAAUUUGUGCGGAAAAAGUGUUGGUCGUGCUGUGGCUGGUGCUGGUUAUUCUGCUCAGAUCGUGAAGAGACACAGAGAGAGAAGAGAUGUUCCACCUGAGAAAUGUUGUUCGACACGCGGCCGUGCGGACGGAGCUGGCUGCAGUGGCCAGGAGUGCCCCAGUGGCGUGCUGGCAAGUGUCACGCGGCUACGCCGAUCACCAGAUUCCCGAUAGACUGAAGGAUGUGGGCACGGCCAAGAAUCCCAAGUUCUACGACAUGGUGGAGUUCUUCUUCCAUCGCGCUUGCCAAGUGGCCGAGGAUAAGCUGGUGGAGGAGAUGAAAGGUCGCAUCAGCACCGAGGAGAAGAAGAAGAAGGUCAAGGGUAUUCUCAUGCUGAUGCAAAAUUGCGAUCAUAUCAUCGAGAUUUCCUUCCCGCUGAGGCGUGACUCUGGCGAUUACGAGAUGAUCCUCGGCUAUCGUGCCCAGCACAGCACCCACAGGACACCCACGAAAGGAGGUAUUCGUUUCUCGAUGGACGUGUCGCGUGACGAAGUGAAGGCUUUAUCGGCUCUGAUGACGUUCAAGUGCGCUUGUGUCGAUGUGCCAUUUGGUGGCGCUAAGGCGGGUAUCAAGAUCAACCCUAAGAACUACUCUGAGCACGAGUUGGAGAAGAUCACGCGUCGCUUCGCACUGGAGUUGGCCAAGAAGGGUUUCAUUGGGCCCGGCGUGGAUGUUCCGGCUCCGGACAUGGGUACUGGUGAGCGCGAAAUGAGCUGGAUUGCCGACACGUACGCCAAGACGAUCGGCCAUCAGGACAUCAAUGCUCAUGCGUGUGUGACGGGAAAGCCCAUCAACCAGGGUGGCAUUCACGGCCGCGUGUCCGCCACUGGACGCGGCGUCUUCCACGGGCUGGAGAACUUCAUCAAUGAGGCGAACUACAUGAGUAUGAUUGGAACAACUCCCGGAUGGGGUGGCAAGACCUUCAUCGUGCAGGGAUUCGGUAAUGUGGGUCUGCACACAUGCCGCUACCUGGUGCGCGCUGGGGCGACGUGCGUGGGCGUGAUUGAGCACGAUGGCUCCAUUGUCAACCCUAAUGGCAUUGACCCGAAGGAGUUGGAGGACUACAGGAAUGAGAACGGCACCAUCAACGGCUUCCCGGGCGCUGAGGCGUACAAGGGUGAGAAUCUGAUGUACGAGCAGUGUGACAUCUUCAUUCCUGCCGCCGUGGAGAAGGUCAUCACGAGUGACAAUGCUCAUCUAAUUCAGGCAAAGAUCAUCGCUGAAGCUGCCAAUGGUCCCACAACUCCAGCUGCUGACAAAAUCCUCAUCGACCGAAACAUCCUUGUGAUUCCUGAUCUGUACAUCAACGCCGGUGGUGUGACUGUGUCCUUCUUCGAGUGGCUCAAGAACCUCAACCAUGUGUCGUACGGUCGUCUGACUUUCAAGUACGAGCGCGAAUCAAACUACCAUCUUUUGGAGUCUGUCCAGGAGUCUUUGGAGCGUCGUUUUGGACGUGUUGGCGGUCGAAUUCCCGUCACUGCAUCUGAGGCCUUCCAGAAAAGGAUCUCUGGUGCUUCUGAGAAGGACAUUGUCCACUCUGGCCUGGACUACACCAUGGAGAGGUCGGCCAGGGCCAUCAUGAAGACGGCCAUGCGCUUCAAUCUGGGCCUGGACCUGAGAACUGCCGCCUAUGUUAACUCCAUUGAGAAGAUAUUCACCACCUACAGAGAUGCCGGUUUGGCGUUCUAAGCUGAGAGCGAA